AAACUAUAGGAAACAUGAACCUUCACGCAUUGCAUUGCGGCUGAGACCGCAGAAGAAUGAUGACGUGCCAUUCAAUAAGGAUAAUGGAGUCACAUGCGAUUCUUGUCUUAUAUUUAUGUGUAUUAUCAGUGACGUGUUUAGCCCAGCAAAACAAUACUAAUGAAAGGAAUCCAAUUGUGACUGUAAGAGAGGGUAAGUUAAGAGGAAUUGCGGCUACUCUUUUGGACGGUACACCAUAUUAUAGUUUCAAAGGAGUGCCCUAUGCUUUGGCGCCAUUCGGGGAAUUACGGUUUCAGGCACCAUUGCCGCCAAGAAAAUGGGAAGGUAUCCGCGAUGCGAUCGAUCAUGGUCCUGUUUGCACUCAAUACGACCUUUCAAUAUCGCAAAUAGUGGAAGGUAGUGAAGACUGUUUAUUUGUCAACAUCUACACGAAAUCACUACGAGCGGAUGCAAAAAUUCCAGUAAUGAUUUUCAUUCACGGCGGCAGUUACAGUUUCAAUUCCGGCAAUUCUCAAACUUUUAGCCCUGAUUUGUUUCUAAGGCACAAUGUAAUAUUAGUGACGAUGAAUUAUCGCUUAGAAUUAUUAGGGUAUUUGGCUUUGGAUACUCCCGAAGUUCCAGGUAAUGCUGGCAUGAAAGAUCAAGUAGCCGCAUUACGUUGGGUUAAAGACAAUAUUGCGCAUUUUGGAGGCGAUCCUAAUAGCAUAACUCUUUUCGGAGAGAGUUCUGGUGGAAGUUCAGUUACUUCACAUCUUCUUUCACCAAUGUCCAAAGGUUUAUUUAACCGAGCGAUUGUAGAGAGUGGCACUUGCCUUCAAGAUUGGGCAAACGACAGGAAUGCCAAAGAAAGAGCAUUUAGAGCAGGAAAACUUUUAGGAAAAGAAACCAAUGAUACGAACGAACUAUUACAAUUCUUGCGUGGUCUUAAACCAACGCUACUUACAAACCUUGCUCAGAAGACUAUGACAACAGAGGAGACUUGGAGAGGAUUACCAGAUUACUUCGUACCAGUAGUUGAAAAGAAAUUCAAAGGUAUUACAGCUUUUAUUGAUGAAGAACCUGUGAAUAUUCUAGCUAAUGGUAAAGUGAACAAAGUUCCUCUCAUGAUCGGUUACAAUUCAGCCGAGGGUUUGACACUGAUUACUUUCCUGUUACCAAAACUUGGCUUUUAUAAUGAGAAUCCAUCGUAUCACGUACAAAGAGAAAUCGCGGAAAAGUUAUCACAGGAGAAACUAAGAGAAUUUGGAGAGAGAAUCAAACGAAUAUACUUGGGUAAUAAGAAUUUAACAAAAGACGAUCCACAAGCUAUCGAGCGUCUUGGAAGCGAUAUUCAUUUCUUUUACAACACGCACCGCUUUGCUCAUUUGUACAGUGCCGCAGUCAAACCUGUUUUCAUGUACAGAUUUAAUUAUGACACAGACUUAAAUAUAUUAAAAAAAAUCACCGGAUAUGCAGAAUUAGAAGGUGCAAGUCAUGGUGAUGAACUUUUCUAUUUAUUCUACAACUUUUUGAACAAGAAACCGUAUGACGAACAAGAAAAACUAAGACAAUUAGCUCUUAAAAUGACAACCUUAUGGACUAAUUUUGCUAAAACCGGGAAUCCUACGCCGGAUGAUAGUCUAGAUGCAAAAUGGCUACCCUACACAAGACGUGGUAAAGAAUUCUUUAAGAUCGAAGAUAUAAUGUCUAUGGGAAACUAUGCCAACGGAGAGAGGAUGAACUUCUGGAACGAAUUGUACAAGGAAGCCGGUGUUCCGUACAUCAAUGACAGUUGUUAAUCGAUCUU